UUUUUUGAUCUAAUAAUGUAUAUUUUAUUAAAAUUAAUAUUUUUCAACUUAAGAUUGGCACUUGUUCACUUUCCAGACUUGGCAACUCCACUCAAAUCCAAACUGGAAAGCGUUGAUGUUUUCAAUUAUGAUCAAGUCCGUUCUUUGGCCAAAAAGUUUAACAAAAUAAGCAAAGAGACUGCCCUCACUAGGAAGGAAAAUUCUUCAAAAUCCUCCCAAAAUGCAAGCAAAGAAUUACUUCACCAAAUAAUUACAAGAUGUUAUAACAAAGCUGUGGACAAUGAAAAAGCUCUGAAUAAACAUUACGAAGCGUUUUCGUCUCAAACUUAUGGGGAGACGUCGUAUGAACGGAUGCAAAUGAUUAUUGAAGAGCUUAAGCCGUCGCAAAAAGACGUGUUUGUCGAUUUGGGCAGUGGAGUAGGUCAACUAGUUGUGCACAUGGCUGGUGGAACCUUAACACAUAGAGCGGUUGGAAUAGAAAUAGCUUCUUUACCAUCAAAAUUUGCAAAGAAAUUGGAACACGAAUUUAAAAAGUUAAUGAACUGGUUUGGCCGUCCAUUUCAACCUUUUGAAUUACUCCAUGGCGAUUUUCUCAGCACAGAAUAUCGAAAACUUAUAACCGAAGAAGCCUCAAUCAUUUUUAUCAAUAAUUAUGCUUUUCAAUCAGAUUUGGAAACGAGAAUUAAAAGAGAAUUGCUUUCUGAUUUGAAGGAUGGAACGAAAAUUGUUUCUACUAAACCUUAUGUGCCGUUAAAUAAACAAGGAGCUAUUACUGAUAGACAAUUAAAUGGUUUGUAUUUUUUUGAAAUUUUUGGAUUGGAAGGCGAAACGUCGAUUUUUGGGUAUUCCUUUUGUGCAUCGUUUUCAAUAUUUUGGAGCGAAAAUCGAAAAUUUUUCACUGACCUUUAAAACUAUUCACGAGUCACCAUCUC